CAAGUCAAUAAACUAAUAAAUGUUUAUUUUUUCCGGUAAAAUUUUGUGAUACUUAAUUAUAAAUUACAAUGAAAUUUAUAAUUUUUAUUUUUUUUGGAUUAUUUGCGACCGGCUUUACUCAACUUGAAGAAGGAAGUGAAUGUUUAUUAGAAAACGGCAGCCCUGGAGUCUGUACAAAGUUGCCCGAAUGCCCUCCAAAACUUGAUGACGCAAGAAAAGGAAGACGGACCGCGCUAUCAAGCCGCUGCGGCUUCGCUGGGUUCAUUGAAGUUGUUUGCUGUCCAGCUCCGGUCCAAGGAAAAAUAAACAUACGUCCGGCUGACAUAGCAUGUCACGAUUACGAAAAUGAAAUUCUUUCGGGAAUUGAAAGACUGACCUGGCACAUUUUGGCGGGAAUUGAAGCUGCUGCGGAAGAAUUUCCCUACUUGGCAGCCCUAGGAUAUGUUGAGAAGACAUCAAGCGAAGUUACCAGCGAUAAUAGCGAAAGAAAAAUUAGAAAAAUUAAAUAUGGGUGCGGGGGUACUAUUAUUGCGCCGCGGUUUGUUCUCACUGCGGCGCACUGUGUUAGUAAUCAUAAUGAGGAUGUUCCUGUUUUAGUCAGGGUAGGCUCCGUAGACCUGGAGUCCAAGGACGAGCAGACAAUCCCCAUAAAGGAAAUAAUUGCGCAUCCUAAGUACAAGCGAAGUACAAUGUACUACGACAUUGCCCUGCUGAAGUUGUUCGAGGCCAUAAACUGGUCCAAGACCGUGAAGCCGAUCUGCUUGCAGAUCAAGCCCCCCAACGAGAUCGACUUCCAGGUCGUCGGGACCUACCUCGUGGUCGUCGGCUGGGGAGUCACUGACAUUGACGCUGAGAAGUCUACCAAGCUUCUUAAAACUCCCAGUCUUCAAUUGGAACCAAGAGAAAAUUGUUCCACGGCUUACCAAGGAUUCAGACAGCUCCCCUACGGCCUGGACGAAAGUAUGAUCUGUGCCAAGGACCCGAACACUACUCGCCGAGCCGAUGCCUGUCAGGGAGACAGCGGAGGUCCUCUUCUGCUGUUAUCUUCCUCUGGGGACACUGUUAUAGGAGUUACCUCCUUUGGUCAGAGCUGCGGGGGUCCCUAUGCCGCUGUUUAUACUUCCGUUCAUUCUUUUAUCGACUGGAUUGAAAGCAUUGUCUGGCCUGAAAGAAUUAUUUAAAAAUUUUAUUUAGUUUUUUAAUUUUUGACCUUGAAAUUUAUUUCCAAAAUUACCAGGAAAAUAUUAAAA